AUGGAUGGCCUAUUAACCGCUGUUAAAACUGUGAAGCGAGAUCAGAACUCACCCCUGGUCGCUGCUGCCAGUGAGGUUCAGGCUCGCGAGAAUCCCACCAAACCCACCAUUGACUUUGAUCAACAUGAUAUAUCUUCACAACAGGCUCUAGAUGUGCUGGGCUCCCAUCCUGAUCGGGACGAACUAUUCAUUACGCUAUCUGCUAUCGACCCUUUCAACACAUUCAGACAGAUUCAAGAUCUUGACAUUCGAGUUCCCAGUCCAACAACGGCUCAAAUCCUCCGACUUUUAGUCAGCACCACCAUCCCGGAUCAUUGGGCAUCACUGGAUAAAAAAGUCAAGACGUCGAAGGAAACCAAGACCCGUGCAGCUAUUUUACGAUGCCUCAGCAGCGUGGCAGGUCUUGGGUCCCUCAUCACUCAGCUUCGAUCUCAAAUCGCAUCAGCCCGAGCCAAUGCCCAACAAGCAGAAGGCUCAAGUUCCUCGCUUGCGGUUCGAGAUCUUCUUUCCGUUCUUGCUUCUUUAUUGGAACCUAGGGAUCUUUUGUUCCGUCUUUAUUCAGAUAUUUCAGCUCUCCAUGGCAAUAAAACAAAAGAGCAGGUUGCGUGGCGGGAGCUAGCGUCUCUUGUUGGCGCUGGCAAAGUCCUCUCAACAGCAGCCGAGGCGCUUACUGUCUCUGGUGAAUCUGAAAUUCCAUCCUCAAUUUCUUGGACAGGCGAAGGCUCUCGCUAUACAUCAUGGCUCGGUAAUAACAUUGCUUAUAUGGCUUCGAAGCUCAAAGUGGACGACGAAAGCGGCUGGGGAUCUCUCGCUUUCUUGACAGGCCGGGGUCUAAAUCAGCUCGUACGAGAAAUAUACUCAGCCCUACUUCUUGAUCAACAACUCGUGGAUAGAUUUGGUCUGCUUCUAGACCAUCUUCGGCAGUCAGAACAACUCGUCAUGCUCGAGGCAAUAUUCCGCGAUAUCCAGAAGCGUUAUUUCUCAGCAGAGCAUUCAGAAGACCCUGAACAGCUAGCCACGCACACCGAAAUUGUCUCCAGAGUGGCGGCUUUGUGCUCUGCGAUUAUUGGCGAUCGGUCUCUUCUAAAAAAUCAAACCUCGGAAUGGCUAUCUAAGAGUCAAGGCGGCUCAAUACAGACCAUAGGUUUGCGUCGAGCACUUUUGGCCUCCUACCACGACUCAAGUUAUUCUCUUAAAUCACUAUUUGUGCGUAGCCUCGAAAAUUUUGGUGACAAGUUUGGCAUCAAACACGUUCCCUCAUUACCCAAAAUGGUGUCCAAUGCCCAAACCAUACUUCUCACAGCUGGUCAUUUGAGACAACUUGACCCCUCACAAGUCAGGGAUAUCGGUCGCACUGGUGUUUUCCUCAACGCAGUCUCUAACAGACUGGCAGCAUCGUCAAAUAGGGCGCGGUUCCUCGGCAUGAUUGUUGGCACCGCGAUAUCUGAGAUCAUUGAAGAGCCAGGAAAAUCACUCAAAUUUGACCUCGAAGAGAUGCGGAGUGAGGAAGCACGCUGGUACCUUAGUCUCACUAAAGUGCAAGACAAGGUCGGGCCGCGUGAAUCCAUCAAAGCACUACAGGCGCAACAAUCAAUGACACACCAGAAACCCCAGAAGGGAGCUCGGGUAAACAGCGACAAACGACCGCAACCACGUCCAGGGCAACAGCAAAGGAGUAAGAUCGUUGCUAUCGAAGAAAUCGAUGACAGUAGUGAUGCAAGUGAUGAAGACGAAGAUCUAAUUCCCUACGAAAAACCUGAUGACGACGAGGACGACGACGAUGAAGAUCCAACACUUGUCCAACGAAACAAGCCCAUUGCCCCUGUAUAUAUACGAGAUCUCAUCACUUACCUACGAGAUACCGAGAACGUGGAACGUCAUCAGCUUGCAAUUACCACCGCUCCAUCUUUGAUUCGCCGCAAAACUGGCUUUGGCAGCGAGCUUGCUGAGCAAAUCGAGGAAUUGGCUCUGAUCAUAGUAGGCCUUAACAACGACAACAAACACCCGCAGUUCCACGAGUCCCGUCUUCAAAGCAUGAUCGCAUUGAUUGUUUCGCAGCCCCUCAAAAUGGGCCGCUGGUUCACUGCAAUCUUUUUCGACGGCGAUCUCUCCCAGGUCCAGCGAUCUGCAGUACUUACAGCCCUGGGCUUAAGUGCUCGCGAAGUAGCUGGAAACGGAGAAGAUGAUUCUCGAGCUUUGAGUCUCCCGAAGCUACAGGACACCUCGUUCCCUUCAAAAAGGCUAUCGCCUGCAUUGGAGGCUAUGUUCAUGGGUCCAGAUAACGAGUCCCCAAUCGCAAAAUUGACCCAGAAGAUGUCGCAGGCGUCGUUACAGCCAUUGGCUGCUAACGCUGCAGACGAGCUUGCCGGCCCCAGCGCAUUAAAAGUGCGCACUUUUUCAUCGCGCAUGGAGGUCGAAAAGAAGCGCCAGGAUCGUGAUGCCCAAAGACAAAAAGGCAUGGUGAAAGACUUGAACAAGGUUCUUGCUGAGGGCUUCUUCUAUCCUCUUCAAGGACGCUUCGAAAUCAUGAUGCUACAGUUCUCCUCAUCAUCUGCGCCUUCAUACAACCCAUUCUUCGUUCCGCACAUCCUAACCCUUUUCCUCCAGACGGUUUCUCUUAUCGUCUCGACGGCAGGCCCUCAUACUCCAUUCUUACCGGGCUUGACCCAUGAAACACUCUCCCUGCUUCUUUCCCUACACACGAGCCCCACGUCAAGUGAACCGACUGUUGCUGCCGCACUGCUAAAUCUCUUUCUCGCAAUUGUGGACUUGAACAUCGCUUCCGGCUCCAACGGUGAGGAGCGUCUGGUUACUGAGUAUGCAGCGCAAGUGAUCGAGCUACGCGAAUGGGCCUCCGAGGUCUUUGACCGCACACCCUCCAGCGAUAAAUCAAAUCUCAGUGCCACAGCCGAUCCAAACGAGCAAGUCAGGACACUUUCCGCUGGAGUUAUGGUCCGACUUGGAGAGGUUAUGGAGCGGUAUCAAGGUCGAUUGAUGGGCGUCAACUCGGGCUUCAAGUAUUGA